AUGGAAACUACAACAACUACUUAUGAUGAAAAUCAGAAGAUCGCACUCAUUACUUCAAUGUGUGGACCUUUGAUGAAUAGGAUAAAGCUUUUAAUCUAAAAUCCACAAAAAAACAAGCAACUAGCCUAAAAUGCUCAUCUUAACAGUUUAAUAGAGUGUAUUGCUGAGCAUCUGCUUCCAUAAUAUUGUGUUAGCAAUUUCUAGAACCCUAAGAAACUACAAAUAAUGCACAGUUUGUGUUUCCUAUUAGCAAGCAAGAUUUAAUCUGUUUUCACUUCAGGAGUUAUUAGAACCUGCAUAGAUUAAAACUGGGAUCUAAAAGGGUACAAGAGUGUAUUAAUAAGAAUUCUUCAAGAAAUGGGCCUCGAGGCUGAUGACUACAAAAAGAUUCAAGAAUUCUUUGACAAGAUGAUCUAGUCUCAAAAUCUUUAGAGUCUUUCCUGCAUUAAAGCUACCUCUUAAUAUCUGAGAAAGGCCAACAAGACUAACAUCGACGAGGAUGAUUUGAAGAACCCUAUCGUAUCUUUCUAAACCUCUUUCUAAUUUGUUAAAGAGGAGAUUGAGAAAUUUAGAGCCCAAAAUAUGAAUCACAGCUGUUUCACAGUUUUACAUCCAUGGGCCUAUGACCUAGACCUUGUAGACUUUAAAUAUGUAAUCAAUAGAGACCAAACUCACAAAAUAACUUCAGCUUUAAGUGGAAGCCAAGAUGCUCAAGUAAUGUGGCUUUCUUACUUCAAAUCUUAACUGUCAGCCUCAGCAGAUGAAUUUUUUGGUGCACUCAAGGAAAUCAGCAUUAUGAAUCAUGUUCAAGAUGCUUUUGAAGCAAAUCAUAAUGUCUAUAAGAUUUUCAUGCUUUCCAACAAUUUUGUCGUUAGCCUUAACGACCAUGCUGACUAAAUUAAUCAAUUUGUCUCCUAGAUCAUUGGCAGCUCAGACUUAAAUGUACUGAGAGACUAGUUGAGACUUACCCAAGGCUCAAGAUAGCCAACUGAGUAUGUUGAUGAGAAUCGUUUCUUUAAGAACUUUAAAAUUUCGACUGAGCCAGAUUAUGACGUUUUGCACUAAUUUGUAAAAGAAACAAACCUUGUUUAACUAACACCUGAUUAAGUCAAAGUUAACUUGAAUCUGAAAAGACACGUCUUCAAGAUUAAGCCAGUACAGGAAUAAAACAGCAACCUCUUUCUUAAGUUCACUAAUGUUGAUACAGAUGAAUUAAAAGACUUAGAGAUUAAAUUUGAUGGUAACCUUGCUCAGUUCAAGGUUGGAGAGGGUGACUGCAAUCAUUUUGUUAUCAGCAAUGACAAGAAGCUUUGGGAAAGUCAGUUUAUGAUCAUCUAGAAAGACGGAUAAUACUACAUUAGAGAUUUAGGUAUCGUCCAUACUUCAAGAGUGAAGGUCAACAGCCAAACUGCUCUUUAAAUUCACUAAGGAGCUUUACUUGAUCUUGGAAAAGUUGUCCACUAUCAUGUUGACAAAUUGAUACAUGAAGCUGUACCAAACUAGGAAUCCAAUCCUAAUUUCAUUGUAAUGAAAGGUACUCAGGCAAACUACAAGGUUGAUGAUGAGGCUAUUUUGAGGGCAAGACCUACUUGGAUCUCUGCAGAUGAAAAUAAGGAUCUCGUCUAAAAUGAAAUUAUCUUAGAAAACAAUGAAAAGAGCGUCUUCUCUGUGGGAAGAUCAAACAGAAGAGAUGUAGAAAUUAGACUUAAAGCUGUUAGUGCAGACCAUUGUAAAAUUGAAUACAAUAGAGAGGUAGGAUGGUUCAUUCAUGAGAAUAAGAAAGAUAGACUAUCUUCAAACGGAACUUUUGUGUUUAUGAAGAGCCUCUAGCAGAUGGAUGAUCACGAACCCUCUGACUUGAUUCCUCUUUUUAAUGGAAUGACUGUUUCUUUCAUCAACUAUGAACUCUAGGUGAGAAUAGAGCCAAAGAACUCUGAUGAGUAGGCUGCUAACUAAUAUGAGACGGUUGAUCUAACUCCGAUUGAGAGACCUUAAUCAAGCAGAUCCCAGGUCAGUGCCAAAUAAGAAGCUCAAUCGCAAGUUAGCAAGUAAGCUAGCUUGAGAAGCUAAAGAUCAUAGGCAUAAAAUGAAUCUGUCUAUGAUGAUAGUAUGGGUGCUACUAAGAAGCAAAACAAUGAUUCAUCAGCAAUAAUGGAGGAUUAAAAGUCAAAUAGGUCAGUUGUUUCAUAGAAAUCUCUUCAAUAAGUUGCAAGUUAGCAUGAGGAAGACCAAGGAGCUAAUGACUAAGAAGAAGAAGUCAAAUCUCAGAGAUCAAAUCAUAGUGCAUCAUAGAAAUCACUAAGACAGAGUGUCUAAUCAGUCAAGUAAAAUCAAUCUAUUAAUGGAGACCCAGAGGUCGAUAAUGAAGAAUAGAAUGAUAAUCCAGCAUAAGAAGAAGAAGUUAGAUAAAGCAUUGCAUCUCAAAGAUCUCAUAGAAGUCAAGCAUCAGCGAAGUAAUCAGUGGUACAAAACGAUGAGGAUCAGCCAGUUGUAGAAGAAUAAUAAGAUGAGGCACAAGUUUAUCAGGAAGAGGCUAGUCCAAAAGGAAGUGUGGCCAAAAGUCAAAAAGAUGAAGAGGAGGAAUAGAAGCAAGAAAUUUAGAGAUCAUUCUCUCAACAUCAUAUAGGAGAAGUAGAUGAUGGAAUGAAUGCUUCAAUUCGUUCAGCCAAACACCAGCUCAUUCAUUCUGACGACGAAGAAGAUUAGUAAGACAAAGCAGAUUAAAACAAAUCUGUGCAUGAAUCAGCAAAAGGCUCUGUGAAGGGAUCUGUAAGAGGUUCGGUCUAGGGUUCAGUGAAAGGUUCAGUCUAAGGCUCAGUUCACGGUGGAGAUGAUGAGGCUUAAUAAGAAGAACUUAAGUCCUAAAGAUCUAUCAAAUCUUUGAAAUCUGCAAAGCAAUCUGUUGCGCAAGAGGAAUAACAAGAACAGCCUAAUGAUGAUGCUUAAGAAGAGGCUCAAGCUUAAGCUGAUGAUGAUCAGAAAAGCAUGAAAUCAGCUUCAAAGCAAUCCUUACAUGAGCCAUCUGUCAGGGGAUCUAUUCAAGGCUCAGUGCAUAAUCAAUCUGUUCACUACGAAGAUGAUGGAAACGUUUAUGACAAAUAAUCUAUUCAUGAACCUUCAGUACAUGAAUAGAGCCAGAGGUCCAUAGUCCAAGCUUAAGAAGAGCAGGCAGACAAUUAACAACAGGAGGAGUAGCAAUAAGAAUAGGAGGAAGUAUAGAAGCAAGAGGAGGAUUAAAAUCAGGAGGAAGAACAACAGCAAGAGCAGGAAUAGGCAACCUCUCAUCACACUGCUAGCGUUCACGAAUCUCAGCACUAAGAUGCUGAUGAAUAACCGCCAGCUGAAUAGGAGAAUGAAGGUCAAGCCUAGCAAGAAAAUGGAGGAGAAGGAGGAGAUGCUCAAGAAUGA